AUGUCGUCGAGCUUUGCAGUCAGAAGGCUAACCGAGGCGCCAGAGUCUGUUAAGUUCAAUGAAGUCGUAGAAUGCUUCAAGGACGCAUUCUCGGAAGAUGACUUUGCCCGUACUCUUACUGGAGGAAAGACGGAUGUAUAUCAUCAUCUAAAUCGUUCUGUCGUUGUUUCUGGGUUUCUCUCAGGCGAGGUCUACGUCGUUGAAGAGGCUACGAAAGGCAAGGUCAUAGCCAGCGCGGUUUGGUUCCCUCCAAGUCGUGAGCUAUAUGAAGACACUGAGAAAGGCAAGGCAGUAAACCCCUUCAUGGCCAGUCUGUGCCCUAUGCUUGGCGAAUGGUGGCGCACUAGGUUCCUCCCAGAAUAUAAUGACUUUGCGGCGAAUGAAUUCGGAGAGGGGACAAAGAAAGCGACCUGGCAUCUUCAGUGGAUAGGAACCCGCAAAUCGUAUCGUCAUCGAGGUCUGGCAACCAUGCUAAUAGACGUGAUUCGGGACAAGCUUGGAUUUUAUCAGAAGUGUGGAUUUGAGACGUUGAGUGAGGAAGCACAUUACUUCGAAGGCUACAAUGGAAAGUCUGGCUUUCCCAUGUGGGCGAUGAUGUCUGACUGA